AUGCACCUUAUUUGGCUCCUGGCCCUUGCCGGCAGUUCGCUCGGCCGUACGGCCCUCGCUCCCCGGUCCGGCUCCGGCUCGUCCACCCCUCUCAAGCUGCCGGGCGACCGCGUCAUGAUCGCCAUCAACAUCAUCUGCUCGCCCGUCGACGCCGACGGCUGCGCGAUCCCGUAUCCGCCGAACGAGUUCUGCAUGCCCCCGCACACCUCCUGCAAGCAGGAUUAUACGUACGUGUUCAACGCGGACGUCCCGCAGGACAAGGCGGACGAGUGUCGCCGUCUCUGCGGCUGCUCGCCAAUCUCGAACGUCAUGCGCUAUCCGUCGCUGGACCGUGAUAGUGCCCCGAACCCGAACAGGAGACCACCGAGGAGGCCGGCGCUGGGGCGGUGGAAGACGGGGGACGGCGACGACGGGAAGAGCUCGCUCGCCAGCGCGAACGGCGCGUAG